ACAUGAGUUAUUGCAGUUUAUCAGGCAUUAUUGUUAAUGAAAUGAUGGAGGAAUGUGAUAGGAUGAAUAUAGUAUUGGAAGACAACAUGCUUAGACUAAAGGGCAAUGACCUUUCAAAUAUUGAUGGUAAAACACUUGCAGAGUUAAUCAGGGUAAUUAUUCAGCCUUAUGAUUAUGAUGAUGAUGAUUAUGAUGAUGAUAAUUAUUACCUUUUCAGAUGGAGUGAUUAUUCUCUUUCAGCUGAUAACCUACAAAGGCUGGUUGAAUCAGGUGUAAAUAUGAGACCGAGACUGAAUUGGAAAAGCAUAGAUUUGAGUACGAUUAACCUGUCAUCAGUCAGUGGUAGAACAUUAGCUUGCCUUUUUAAGAUUUCUCCAGACCUGAGCCAUAUUGACAUGAGUUAUUGCAGUUUAUCAGGCAUUAUUGUUAAUGAAAUGAUGAAGGAAUGUGGUAGGAUGAAUAUAGUAUUGAAAGACAACAUGCUUGGACUAAAGGGCAAUGACCUUUCAGAUAUCGAUGGUAAAUCACUUGUAGAGUUAGUCAGAGUAAUUCAUCUUCCUUAUGAUAAGCAUUGUGGUGCUAUUGAACCUUUCAGAUGGAGGGAUUAUUCUCUUUCAGCUGAUAACCUACAAAGGCUGGUUGAAUCAGGUGUAAAUAUGAGACUGAAUAGAAAAUGGAUAGAUUUGAGUAAGAUUAACCUAUCUUCAGUCAGUGGUAGAACAUUAGCUUGCCUUAUUAAGAUUUCCCCAGACACAAGCCAUAUUGACAUGAGUUAUUGCAGUUUAUCAGGCAUUAUUGUUAAUGAAAUGAUGGAGGAAUGUGGUAGGAUGAAUAUAGUAUUGGAAGACAACAUGCUUAGACUAAAGGGCAAUGACCUUUCAGAUAUUGAUGGUAAAUCACUUGUAGAGUUAGUCAGAGUAAAUCAUCCUCCUUAUAAGCAUUUUGGUGCUUUUAACCCUUUCAGAUGGAGUGAUUAUUCUCUUUCAGCUGAUAACCUACAAAGGCUGGUUGAAUCAGGUGUAAAUAUGAGACUGAGACUGAAUUGGAAAAGAAUAGAUUUGAGUAAGAUUAACCUGUCAUCAGUCAGUGGUAGAACAUUAGCUUGCCUUAUUAAGAUUUCCCCAGACACGAGCCAUAUUGACAUGAGUUAUUGCAGUUUAUCAGGCAUUAUUGUUAAUGAAAUGAUGGAGGAAUGUGAUAGGAUGAAUAUAGUAUUGGAAGACAACAUGCUUGUACUAAAGGGCAAUGACCUUUCAGAUAUUGAUGGUAAAUCACUUGUAGAGUUAGUCAGAGUAAUUCAUCAUCCUCCUUAUAAGCAUUAUAGUGCUAUUGAACCUUUCAGAUGGAGUGAUUAUUCUCUUUCAGCUGAUAACCUACAAAGGCUGGUUGAAUCGUGUAAAUAUGAGACUGCUGAAUUGGAAAAGCAUAGAUUUGAGUAAGAUUAACCUAUCUUCAUUCAGUGGUAGAACAUUAGCUUGCCUUUUUAAGAUUUCUCCAGACCUGAGCCAUAUUGACACGAGUUAUUGCAGUUUAUCAGGCAUUAUUGUUAAUGAAAUGAUGGAGGAAUGUGGUAGGAUGAAUAUAGUAUUGGAAGACAACAUGCUUGCUUUGGAGGGUAAUGACCUCUCAGCAAGACAAUUUCUCCUGCCACAACAGCUGCAGCAGCUCCAAGCACAGAUACAGGCUUAACAAUAUUUAACCCAGAAUCAGCCGAUAUCAGAUCCCUUGAUGAUAGCUGUGCAGGGUAAACAUGGAAAGUCUUAAAAGACGAUCCAGUUUUGUUGUAUGGCGGCAUGCUCUUGCUACACUAGUCUUAAACUAAUUCUUUUUUCUGAUUGGAUGUUAUUGUAUGCCUGUACUGUAUUUGAUUUAGGGCAGUAACAUCCACUCAGAAUUAAGAUUUGGUUUAAUACUAUUUUGAUUUUAAUUCUCAUUGCUUUUUCCAUGUUUGUCCUCAUGUUUAUUGGUCUACUGUAGGUUAUAGUAGGAACAGGGGCAGUCCAGAUGUGGAAGGUUGUUCAGUGCGAAACGAAUUCCUCAAACUUUGACUGUAAUGUCUCAAUCAUUAAACACUCUUUUUUGUUUCUAAGGAAAAUGUGCCAAAAAUAUGAAAGCAACAUGAAUUAAUUCACAUAUGACAUUGUUAUAUAUAUUAAGAAUCAACAAAUGUUGCAAGUGUGAGCAUGCUAGGCCAAGAAAGUCAAAGAGUGUGACGAUAACACCUCUGCUGGUAUAGUGGGCCUCGAAUAGCCUAUGAAUUUUCUGUUUACUACUCUGCGCUGCUACUUUGAAGUUUUGCAUUUUAUUUGAAUGGAUGGAGUAAUUACUUUGCAAAUAAUCAUUACAGUAACUUAAAUUAUUAUAGUUGCCUAAAAGUAAUAUAAAGAGUCAGUUGAAUAGGUUGCAUAUAUCCUGAAAAAUAUAGGUAAACUGUGAAUAAAAUGGUUAAAGCUGGUCAAGUUUAAGUAUAAACUAUAAAUAUAAGUUUUUAUUAAUAGAAAUUUGUCCAGUCAAAUGGAUUGCAUAUAUCCUGAAAAAUACAGGGAAACUGUGAAUA